UUUGAAUAGCAAACGACUUACACGUGUAUCUUUUUGUUAGUCGACCAAAUAUCUGACCUCGAGUGAUGGUCGAAUUGCAUAAUAGCUCCCGAAAAUUUCUUAAGUCAGCGAGCCAAGUCGAGCCACGCGAUAGUUGCAAACCGCGCGCAGAAACCGCAUACAGAGGAAAGAGAGAGAGAGACUUGCAACCGGUAGCGGAGGUGGUGGCGAUGAUGGUGGCGGUGGUAGAGAGACCAGGACUCCGCACUCUCGAUCGUGACCUAAGAGCGAGCGAGUGAAUACAACGAGCAAAUGUAAAAGCGAGACCAAGAGAUUAACCGAUGCGGGGGAGGAGGAGAGAAAGAGGAAAGACCUCGGUACAGAGUGCGAGAGCAAGAGGGAAAGAAGCGGCGAAGACCAAGUAGUAGUAGGUGGACGAUGAAGCAGGCGAUGGUGGUGAAGCAGAAGAAGGAGAAGAUGGUGGUGGUGAUGUUGGUGGUGGUAGGAGAACCAGCCUCUCCGCCAGUCCACGUGUUCAGUGUAGUAGCGCGUUAUGACCCGGAUGUUAGAUCGUAGCCGCAGUUUCGCGAGUACCUGCCGACCCGGAUGUCCUCCCGCUCGCUGUCCACCAGUGAUAGACCACUAAUGACUUCCUGGCCACCGAAAUAUGUUCAAUCGGAUAGAUGCGAGCAAGUCUACGAAAGGCGCCAGCAAACUACGAAGGGACCUGAUAAACGCCGAAAUUGCGAAUCUACGUGACUUGCUGCCGUUGCCGCCCUCGACACGCCAGAGGCUUUCCCAGCUGCAGCUUAUGGCCUUGGUCUGCGUGUUCCUGCGAAAAGCCAAUUACUUUCAGCAAGCGCUGAAAAACUACCCGUCCGAGUCUUCGAAUAUUCCAACACCCAACAUUGGGUUCUCAAAAGCAAUGUCCGGUUUUAUCAUGAUGAUGACGCAGCAGGGAAAAUUAUUGUACAUAUCAGAAAAUGCGGCGGAUUAUCUCGGGCAUUCUAUGGAGGAUUUACUCAUCCAUGGGGACAGCGUGUACGACGUGAUCGAUAAGCAAGAUCAUAUAGUAGUGCAAAAUCAAUUAUCCAGAAAUAGCCCGAUUCCAAGUGACAGAAGAUUAUUUCUCUGUCGAAUCAACGUGUCGAGAAAUUCUCGCAGACAGCUACGAUUCGGCGAUCAAAAGGUGAUUAAAGUACCGCCAGUUAUUCUGACAUCAUCUAUUUUUCGCGAAUAUCCCAUUAUUUGCUUCUCGCCACAGGUAGUCCUCGUAGAAGGUCAUUUCCUGCCAUUUGUGCCCGUCUGCAACCGCAAUGAAUUCGUCUUCCUAGCUUCUUGUACUCCGGUAGUUUUGCCAGAGACUCGAGAAAGCAUCGUUCAGGGCGCAACCAAUAUCUUUACCACGAUUCACUCGAUGGACAUGAAGUACCUGCACAUCGAUAAAACCGCGGAAAGCCAUUUGGAGUACACUCGUGCCGAAUUAGUCAACGUAUCCUGGUACAAUUUGCUUCAUUGGGACUCCAUAAGGACCGCUUACUGUAAACAUCAAACCGUUAUUCAAUCCGAUCAAGAGCGAUCUACUACCGCUCUAUUAAGGCUGCAGAGUCGCUCUGGGAGAUGGUUCUGGGUACAUUGCGUGUUGCAGGUCAAGGAUACCUCCGAUGAAUGCCAACAUCCUAUCAUCGUUUGCACAAAUCAAGUACUCACCGAUAAGGAGGCAGAAGUAAUGCGCUCCAGUUCAUGGCUAUAUCAGUAUUCCUCUCAGACGAAAUUCACCUACGGACUCUGUCCCGGCGGUCAAAGUCGCAGCAUUACGUAUCCUUCUGCAGGACAAACUGUCAAUCAAACUCAAGAAUAUAUUCGAACAUAUUCCAAUGAUACUGAUGCCCAGCACUCGCCGUCCCUUCAUCCAGACCGGUCCGAAUCAGAAUCACACAUGGCCCCGAAGAGCGCACAGUCGAUAGAUUAUCCCGGUAGGCGAUUGUUGCGAGACGAUGCGGAGCCGGUGGACAUGUCGAUAAGCAGCGCGGAGCAGCACGAGGGUAGGAACGUGCAGACCGCGAUCGUGGAUCAUCAUCAUCAGCAACAGCACACUCUGGACGAUCCUGUCAGGUAUCAUCAUAAGCAGUAUCACAAGAGCUCGCUGCAUGUGGCCGGCUAUCGGGCCAAGUUUGUGCAGUGCCACAGCGGACAAUACGUCAGCGGCGGCUGCGCGGAUGUGCUGUCAAUGCCUGGUACCAAGUAUUACCUUACCGACCUAGACCGGGACUACUGUUGCGGUCCAGAACGCAGCAGUGGUCUGCACAGCAAGCGUCCGUCGACGAAGGCAUUGAUUGCACCACCGACACCAUCACUGACAGCCGAUUCAGCGGCGCCGCCGCCACCGGAUACCAUCUCCCUGGAGAACUGGGGCGCCAGUCCAGCCUGGUCGGAUGCGUUACAAAGGGUCCCGGACAUGGUGCAUCAGGAACUUAGCCCGUAUAUCACCACGCCGACUACACCGGUUAACACACCUGAUUCCGAUACCCUCGGUCACUCGGAAGCGCCCAUCUUCAAUUUUGAUUGGGCCGGCACUGAGCAGCACGUACCCAACCUGAAGAUCACCUUCCACCGUGGCAGCACCACGACCACCACCACCAACCAUCCCGUCGUCCAGCCUAGGAAGCCGCAUCAGGACACGGUGCAACCUAUUACGCUACAGUUACCACGUAGAAAGGGACAGUCCUCAGAGAACGAUAGCAAAGACUUUUCGAAAUGAGCGUAGAGGGACGUAGUGUAAAAACUUACUAGAGAAUGUCGAAAAUAACGAUUAGCUUCUUAAUAAAAGAAAAAAAAUCAU